AUGAAUGGAUAUACUCAAAGGAAAGGAGACUCUUCAAUAGACAUUCCAUGUUACUCUUUCACGGCGUUCAAACUCCGAUAUGGUACCGCGAACGGACUGAAUAGAACGACAACCAUAAUUUCGCUUGGAUCAAUUCCUAGAUCAUGGUUGCUUUAUAAACAAUCUGCCCUGCUAUCGACUCUGCAUAAGAUAGGCAAGAGGAGUGACGGCUCUCUGUCAAAAUCCACUGAAAUGUUCGACAACGUUGCUCGUAACUUUGGAUUUAGACCUAGUCGACCGGAUAUGGGCGUGUCUUCCUCUGGUAUAUCUAGUGACUUCUCCGAAGAAACGCAGUCAGGAACCGAUCUUGGGUCGUUGAGUUUACACUCAAUAACGAUCAACGGUCGUCCAGAGGGAAGCUCGACAGGCUCGACCAGAGAGCAAGAACAGAGGAAUAAAAACCAUUGUAGCACGCGUCGCUAUGAUGAAGGUAACUCUGAUUCUUUCCUAGGAAGAUCUCGUACCCGGAAAUCUAAUAAUCGCAAAGAUCCUACAAGGACCCUUGGGUGGUCCAAUGAUGACUUCUUAGUAUUCAAUCAGAAACUCUCUUCACGUUCUAAUUUGGAGAAUGGUGGGGAAAAGAAUGCCACAAGUGAUCUAUAUUCACACAAGCAUUUAUAUCAUGACAUUGCCAAAGCGCGUAUCAUGGGAAAAGAGGUUCGAAUUACAGAUGGUGUCUCCUCCAAUGCCUCUUUUGUUACCGCAAAUGAGUUUAUUGAACCAACAUCCCAGACUAGACAACUUCAAAAUUCCGGAUCACAGGGUGAUUCCAAUGAAACUACGCUUGGAUCUUCUGAUACACUAAUGGCGUCUCAGAGGCAAGUCGGUACAGAAAAGCCUGCGGCCCCAACAAUGGUGAAGUCCGUGACUUUUUCGACAUCUACCAAAAAAAACCGCUCGUCCAAAAAGAAGACCAUGGAGGUAGAGCUGCUGAAUCCUGAAGAACAUGUUGGAGUUUCAGAUAUUGGUGAUCAGCAACAAAGCCACUCCCACUUUAGAGACCUCUAUGAGCAAUUGAAUGAGGAAAUGAUUACCAUAUUUGACAAACUCCAGCAUAAAACCGUCGGAGCUCGCCAUAGAAUCAACAGUGAAUACUCCAAGAUUGAACAACGGCGAAAGCUGAAAAGAAUGUUUCAAGAAUUCUCAGCCGGCAAUAUUGUUAAAAUGGAGAAGAUGCUUGUCACAGUUAUCAUGAAGGAGACAAAAUACAAGGCUGAAGCUUCCUCAAGGCUAGUCGAGAAAUGGAAGGAGUAUAUUGUUGUGGCGCGCUCUACAGGUAACCAUGAGUAUCCUAUUGUGCUCCAAUUCUUCAAAAAGCGAAACAUCCGUUUUGUGGACGUUGAAGGGGUUUCUCAAUUUGAUGAUGAUGAGUCGAUGUUUGAGGAUGUCUAUCAAAAUAAACCACCUAAAUCCUCCCCCUCACAUUUGGAAUUUGACGUCCUAUUGUCCAUCUCUGAUACGAGAAUCAGAUUUCGAAACGUCCUGGAUAAAACUAUAUCGAUCUCCAAGAUGAUGAGAAAGCAUAGGGAUUUUGAGUACAUCCUUCUUCCGCAAACUCAGUCAUCGGCCAUUCGAUGGCUUAGUCUUUUCAACACAGUACUGAAAAGUCGAUCAAGAGAAGAGCAGAAGACUCUUUCAUUGAAUAUUCCGGAUAUUGAUCUGUCGCUUACAAUUAAAAACCUAUCCAAUUAUUUGCGCCCUGAGGAUUUCUUUAUCAAGGAAAAUGAUUCUAAGAUUAAAAUGCUAGAGAGAGGAUAUAGUGUUCCGCGCUCGAAUGCUUUCAACAAACUUGUGGAUAUAAUAGCUACUCAGUUGUUGAUCUUGAAUGAGAAAGGAUGUCUUCCCCCAAAAGGAAACACUUUCAUAAAUAGCUUGCCAUACACGAAACAUCUUUUGGCUUUCGCGGCCAAAAAAUACGAUCGUUUGGAAUGGAUCCUGGGUGAGUCUGAAAAAUUACUUCAAGCUACAUGGCUUACUCUCAAUAAUACUCAUGACAUUGAAUUGAGAGAGCUAAAGCACGAGCCACUAAUGCUGAUGAAUGAACCCAUGGUAGAGCCGAGGCCCGUGGAAGGAUUCUUGGUUUGCUUGUCCAACAGGAGCGGAAAACUCAAGUCUUCUUUUGGUCGAAAUUAUUACAAGCUGCAUUAUUUCAGCAGUUUUGACAAUAUUCUCAUGUUUCAAGACUUUUACACUGCAGUUCCUCCUUUUGAAGAUUCUAUGACUGAUAUAAUGAGUCCUCUGGGGAAAGUUUUAAAUGAGAAGUCAUUGACAGAAAAGGUGCAUGCUAGAGAGCUAUAUUUUGAAAAAAGUCCAUUUCCUUUGGCUUCCUCUAAUCCAUCUCAUAUAUCGUGGUUGAAGCCUGGUAUUUCAAAAGAGGAAUUUGAAAGACGAGACAUGGAUGCCUUAUAUGAAGCUGAAAGACGAGCGUCCAUUAUUGUGAAUUGCAAAGGAAUCAUUGACCUAUGCAAUGUUUCCGAAAUCCGAUGUAUCCCUACGUCUGAGGUUCCUCACGUUAUUAGGUUGGCUGGAUCAAUUGCAUGGGGCUAUCAACAAAGUCGGUUGGAUGACGAAAGCUAUGUGGAUUCUGUUUUUGAGCUGAUAAUGAAGUCUGGCUCUCGACUCCGGCUUCAGGCUUGUAAUAGAGAAGUUAGAGACCAGUGGGUUUUCAACCUUCUUCAGCUUCGUGAAUACUGGAUCAAGAAGAAGCAAGAAGAUCUGGAACGCAUCAUCAAUCUACGGGAGAAAAAUAUUACAGCUUCCAAUCUCCCAGACGACAAAUACGAAUCUAUCUUGACUGUUGAUGACAAUCCAAACAAAUGGGAGCUUUCAAAGGCGCACACGGAUCCUUAUCUCUAUAACAUAUCAUCCUGGUCAAUAGACAAGCCUUUGAUGAUGAGUGGAGUGCUCUACCAAAAGAGGAAGAAGCACAAAAGCUUCAAAAUGUUUUAUGUCCUACUAUGUCCAGGAUUUCUUGUGCUUUACGAUAUGUUCAAUAGAAGUUUCAAGUCUGGAACUAUAAAGCCGACUGCAUACUACAAGCAUUACACAACGAUCAGCUUAGGAAACUGCUACGUUUUUUGCAAUUCCACGAAUGACCUGGAUGUUUCGAUUCGCGAUUCCACGUUGAGCAAAGUUUCUCCCGGAAGUCACCAGGUUCCACGAAUCUACUCCGAUGGAUGGAAAAGCAGCGAGGACGAACACUGUCGCCGAUUCACGAUCUGGUUUGGAUCUAAAAGAGUCAUGAUGAGAAACAUUAACUCGAAAAGUGUAAUUCUCAAAGAUCCCCACCUUGAUUCCUCUUCUGACGAAGAUGAGGAGAUAGACUCCACUGCUGAUAAAAUCAGUUUGCAUGAAAGGGGAAAAAUGCUAAAAACUGUAUCUCGUCUAGGAGUGACCGGCCAUAGCAUGGUAUUUCUAGCAAGGUCGCGAAUUGAACGAGACCUAUGGGUGACGAAGCUUCUCAACGAGGUUGAACGGUUCAGUUUCGGUGACGAGGAAGAAGUCCAACUGUCCUAA